CGCCGCUACCAGUUCGGAACUGCCGAUGCCUCGUGGCGGUUAUUAGGGUUAAUGCAACGGCGAUCUGAUCGGGAAUCGGUGGAUUUCAAUUCAAACUCUUCGCUCUUCGCUCGUUGACAACGAUCGGGGUCACGGACGCCGUGUUCGAUCACUAUGUUUGAAACGUGAAGCGACAUCGAUGCCUGGCGACUUCGUUCGGUUUGACAUGGAGAUGUGGAUCGUACGAUAAAUUCGCAGACUGAACAAUUCGCGAUUUACAGAGAGCCCUGGUCUCGAAUUAUAUAUCGCGAAUGUCGUAUCUAUUGACAACAUGAUUUUUCGGGGUGGCGACGCGCGCUUACAUGUUUGACCGAGGAAAGAAGCGAUGAUCGAUGUGAGCUGUCUCAAGACGAGCGAUCGAUACGUCAUACGAUAUGCAAAGAUAAUCGAAGCCGAGCGUCGAAGUCUCCCGAAGCGUUAUCGGAGUUCGGGCUGCCUGGAUGAACGCACGGCGCGAUGAUUAGCAUGCAGCAGCAGACGGUCUUGAACAAUGUAACCGGGCCCGAGCAGCCGCAGGAAGAAGUUCAGCUGACCGAAUUGCUGCCGGUGAAGCAAUCGCGCAUCAGGGAAGAUGUCUUCAAGGAUGCCGACGCGACCGACGCUCUGAGGGCGCUCAGGAGUCUCACGGGCGACUGCAGCGAUGGCGAAGGCUUUGAUCUGCGGGAAUUCAACUUCUGCAAGAGCGUCGAGCAAACGGAACGUCAGGGCGGCAAGCAUCGACGAGCGGAGGCUCGUCGGAAAAGAACGGAAGGGACCAAGAGCGGCGCCAAAGACGUGGACCUUGAGGAAGAGAAAGAUAGCCGGGUGGCAGAGAAGAAGGUGCGUAAUGGCAGAAAGAUCGUUCGCGUGAAGGCGCCGAAGAGGAAGCUGACGAGAUCGAGUAAGAAGGACGACGACAAGAAGAGAGAUUACGAAUUGAAUGAGAAAUCGAUUGGAAAGGAUACCGCCGAAUACGACGAGGAGUUCGCGCGUCACUGCGACGAGGAGGAGGACGGCGACGAGCAAUUGUACUUGGACCUGGAGAAGAAAGACUGCUUUAAGGACGAGGUCUACGUAUAUAGACGAGAACCGCUGGAUCCGUGCUCGAGUUCGGAGGAAUCAGGUGCUAUCGGUCACAAGGAUCUCUGCGAGGAUUAUCCUAUCACGGAUGAAGAAUUGUUCGCCGGAAAGAUAUCUGAGAAAGAAAAAUGCAAGUCCAAGGCAGACGGCAUUAUUGAGAAAGAAAAUCCCGAAAAGGAGCUCAGAUUAAAGAUCGACGCCAUCAUUCAAGCGAAUUACUUGCUGGAGCGCGAGAAUAACAACGUCGUCGCUUCGGACGGGCUCAAAAUCGCGGAGCGCAUUGGCACCUCCUCCGCCGCCACCGCCACGAAGAAGACGAAGAGGAAGCGGACCGAUCAGACCAAGCAGUCGAAGGACCAACCGAAUUCUCAGAAGAAGUACUGCUGCGUCGUGUGCGACGCGCGCUUCAAGGGUAGCGGUGGUCUGCGGAAUCACUACAAGGUGGUGCACGGUGCCGGGCCGGUGUUCAAGUGCGACGAGUGCGGCAAGGAGUUCCCGCUGAAGGAGCGGCUGAAGCUGCAUGUGCGCACGCACACCGGCUUCAAGCCGUACAAGUGCCCGGAGUGCGACAAGAGCUUCGCGCGGGGCGGCCAGCUGGUGCAGCAUCGUCGCACGCACAGCCAGGUCAGGCCGUUCCACUGCAAGCUGUGCUCCAACACCUUCACGUGCGCGGCCAAUCUGUCCCUGCACCUCAAGCGUCACAACGGCCAGAAGGAUCACAAGUGCGACCUGUGCGGGCGCGCCUUCGUGCGUCGCGACGCCCUGAAGAAGCAUCUCGAGUGCCUGCACCGUGACGUCAAGUCGUUCCUCUGCGCGAUCUGCAACAAGACCUUCAAGGGCCACCUACCGCAGCACAUGAGGACGCACGCGCGCGAUCGUCCGCACGGCUGUGCCACGUGCGGCCAGCGAUUCGCCCAGAAGUCCCAGCUGACCGUGCACCAGAGGACCCACUCCGGCCAGCGGCCGUUCCGCUGCCUGGUCUGCUGGCAAGCCUUCGCCCAUUCGACCGCCCUGAAGCUGCACACCCGACGACACACCGGGGAACGGCCGUUCAAGUGCUCCGAGUGCAAUGCCGGCUUCACUCAGCUGCCGCAUUGGAAGAAGCACAUGAAGUGCAUACACGGCAGGAACGAUCCGUACGGCUGCAAGCGUUGCAAGAGCUUUUUUAGAAUUAAAAGCGACCUGGAAAGCCACGAGAAGACUUGUCACCCGGAGAUGGAGGUGGAGGAUGACGAUAGCGGCCUCCCGGCGAGUAGACCGGCCGGCGGCUCCGACGUCGUCGAGAAAAACUCUGUCACCGCGAAGUACAAGCUGAUGACGGUGGAGAAGAUGCGGCUGUUGCUGGCGGUGCUGCUGAAGAGGAUUAGCAAGCAGGAACGAUUGGACGCGCUCGGCUUCGGCAAACGUCUCAUCGACGACGUUCUCCAGGACUCCCUGGUGUCCGCUGGCAAGGAACCGGUCACGGGAAACGGUUUGACCGAGCUUGAGGCUCUCACUCGAAACCUAGAAAUUUUCCUGGAGUGGACAGUACCGAAGGAGCACUGGGAGAAUUUCCGUAAAAUGAAAAAAUCGCCCGAAGAUAUUCUGGAAACGCUCACAGCUACGUAAAUAUGUUCGUUUAUUAACAAUAGUUUUAUUACCUUCCUCUCGGCGUGAAGAUUAGAAGUAGGAGUUAGAUCAAGUCAAUAGUAUAAAAUAAUCUCACGUUUUUUUU